AUGCCAAGUUUCGGCGAAUGGAAGUACGCGGCACCACCAAAUUAUGAUCGAAACGUCAAUAAAAUUUAUCCGUACUCUGAGGUGCCUUUCUUAGGGGAAUAUAACCUUGUUAAAAUUCCAGUAUCAUCUUACAAAUUGGUAGAUCACAUCGAUUAUUGGGGCGAAGGAAGAAUAGUAGUAACUGCUGGAUGCAGUGGUUUUACUGAUUGUUACAAUAUUAAUCAUGUCCACCAAGUAGUCAGCAAUGGUCCUGAUGCUGACAGGAAAAUACCAAACAGAAUUCCAGUUGUCAGCUAUACAAACUGUGACACUAGUAGUUACAUAAAAAACAACUCUGUUGAACUAAUCACCGUUAUGGGUGCUCCAAUUAACACCAGUUGUGCUGAAGAUAUUGGAAGAAUAAUUAAUAACGAUGUUGGUAAAGUAGUAGUUUUUGGUUUCGAAGAGGCCUCAGCGUACAUCAAAAAUCUGGAAAAUGAAUUGACAAAGAAGGCUUUACUUUACUGCGAAGACUUUAGUUUACCCAGUAAGCUACUAGAUUUAACUUUGUUUGAUAAUCAUAGAGCUUAUCUGAAUUUAACGGAUAUGAGCGACUAUUUAUAUAAAAAUAUUGUGGACAAAAACUAUGAAAAAGCUGUAUGUAAAAGCAAGUUACUCCAGGAUAGUAACAAUGGCAGUAUCAUCUCUGACACAGUUGGUAAACUACUCAAAGAAGGACAACAAAAUAUUUGGAGUUAUGCCUACAAACUAUGGAAUUCGAAUGCUAAAUCUCUGAUUACAAACUAUUUUCCUCAACAGUUUCAGGCAAUUUUUAAUGGAGAUUAUGUUAUGAUUGUCAAUAAAUCUUGCAAUGAAAUUAGAUGCUAA